AACCAUAUCAGUCUUUCAGAAAGUCAAGGUCAUCUGGCAGAGACCAAAUAAUUUCGUCGUCCCCUGUCCACCCUCGCUUAUCUCCCUUUCAGAGCUCCUUCCUCCCUAUCUCUGUAUAAUUUCCGUGCCACUGUCAUCUUCUUCUUCCUAUUCUAUUGUAAUUUAUCAGUGUGGAGCAGAAUUGUUCUGAACCACUUUCCAAUGGCGUCGAGCUACGGACUGAGAGCCUCCACGUCUGCUUCAUCAUCUGCUCGGUGGAAAUACGACGUGUUCUUGAGUUUCAGGGGUGAAGAUACCCGCAAGAAGUUCACGGACCAUUUAUACGACAAAUUGCAGUGGCGGGGAAUCACAACUUUCAGAGACGACCCAAAUCUUCAGAGAGGUACAACUAUCUCUCCAGAGCUCCUGGCUGCAAUUGAACAAUCAAGGUUCGCAGUGGUUGUUCUCUCGCCAAAUUAUGCUUCUUCCAAAUGGUGCUUGCUUGAACUCGCAAAGAUUGUCCAAUGCAUGGGAGACAGGGGAACUAUUCUGCCAAUCUUUUAUGAAGUGUAUCCCUCUGAUGUAAGACAUCAGAAACGGAGCUUUGGAGAGGCCUUUGCUGAAAACCAAAAAAAGUUUGGGGAGGACUCAAACAACGUGCAAGAGUGGAGAGAUGCUUUGACAAAAGUGGCUAAUCUCGCUGGCUGGACGUCAAAGGAUUAUAGGUAUGAAACUGAGCUUAUCAAAGAGAUUGUGGAAGCACUGUGGCAGAAAGUUCAUCCUACAUUUGCAUUAUCAGAGUCCAUAGAGCAUUUAGUCGGAAUUGAUUCCAGAUUGAUGGAAAUAGAUUUUCUUUUAGAUACAAGAGCAAAUGAUGUUUGCUUUAUAGGAAUAUGGGGUAUGGGUGGUAUCGGGAAGACAACCCUUGCCAGACUUGUUUACCACAGAAUUUUCCAUCAUUUUGAAGUUGGCAUAUUUCUUACUGAUGUCAGACAAGUUUCUGCAAAACAUCUACAAGAUCAACUUCUUUGCCAGAUCUUGAAGGAAAUAAAUGUUGAAGUACGAGAUGUAUAUGAUGGAAUGACCAAGAUACAGAGAUGUUUAUUCAAUAAAAAGGUUCUUCUAGUUAUUGAUGAUGUGGAUCAGUUAAAACAACUGGAAAUGUUGGCUCGAGAAAAAGACUGGUUUGGUUCAGGAAGCAUAAUUAUCGUUACAACGAGAGAUCAACAUUUACUAGACUUACAUGGUAUAGAGAGACAAUAUAAGAGCAAGGGAUUAAAUGAGCAUGAAGCUCUUCAGCUCUUUAGUUGGAAAGCAUUUAAGAAAGAUAAACCUGAAGAAGGUUACAGGGAACUGUCUGAGAGUAUCUUGGAUUAUGCCAAGGGCCUUCCCUUAGCUCUUAAGAUUUUGGGAUCUUAUCUGUAUAAGAGAGAUCGGGGUGGUUGGGAAAGUGCAGUGGCUAAGCUAAAGAAAGCUCCUAUUGAUCAAAAACUCUUUGAAGCACUCAGAAUAAGCUACGACGGGUUAGAUGAGAUGAGCCAACACGUUUUUCUCGAUGUUGCAUGUUUCCUCAAGGGGGAUGACAAAGAACGAGUAAUCAAAAUACUAGAUAAUGUUUUCGGCUUUGACCCUCAUAUCAUGAUAGAUGUUCUCAUUGAUAAAUCUCUGUUAACUAUUUUGGACGACCGUGUGAAUAUGCAUGAUUUGAUACAAGAAAUGGGAAGACAAAUUGUCCGUUUGGAGUCUGAAAAAAAGCCUGGGCAACGCAGUCGUUUGUGGCUUCGUGAUGACAUCUUUCGUGUCUUGACACAAAAUGCGGGAACAGAAACAAUCAGAAGCAUAGCCUUAUGCUUGCCUAAUGUUGAAGAGUUAGAUUGGAAACCCAAUGCCUUCCAUAUGAUGUCUGAACUGAAGUUUCUCAAGAUUCAAAAUUUGGUUCCAUGUCAAGGCCCAAAAUGUCUUCCUGAUGACAUAAGGGUCCUCGAAUGGAAUUUGUAUCCGUCAAAGUCUCUUCCAGCAGAUUUUCAGCCGGUGGAACUUUUUGAGCUUACUCUGCAUCAUAGCAAAAUUGAUCAGAUUUGGCAUGGAAGAAAGUGCUUGGAGAAGUUGACAAUUAUUGAUCUUAGCUACUCUGAGAAUUUGAAAAUGUCCCCAGAUUUCUCUGGUAUUCCGAAUCUUGAGAGGCUGAUUCUUGAAGGUUGUACAAAUUUAGUUGACAUUCAUCCAUCGAUUACAUCUCUCAGAAGACUUAAAAUUUUGAAUUUUAAGAAGUGCCGAAGUAUUAAGAGUCUUCCAAGUGAAUUAGAAAUUGAUUCUCUUGAAAGAGUUGAUCUUUCUGGCUGCUCAAAAGUGAAUCUAUUUCCACUAUUCGUGUCACGGAUGGAAAAGUUAUCGGAACUUUCUUUUGGUGGAAUUGGCAUGCAAAGUUCCGAUGUAUCAUGUGGCUCAGUGGGUCCUCAUCACCCAUUGAGUCCGGUGUUAGCUUCUUUGAAACAUUUCUGUUCUUUGAAGAGAUUAAAUCUCAAUGACUGCCAACUCGGUGAAGGAGCAAUUCCUGAUGAUAUUGGUUGUUUGUCCUCCGUAGAAGAAUUGGAUCUUAGUGUUAACAAUUUUGUCAGCCUUCCUGCAAGCAUUAGUCGGCUAUUGAAGCUCAAGUGUUUAAACUUGGCAGAUUGCAAAAGGCUUAAACAAUUGCCAUGCCUUCCAUCAUUUAGUGGCACAUGUGAUGUGACCGCGGACAACUGUAUAUCCUUAGAGAAGUUUCCAGAUCCACCAGAGUUGUGCAGAUUAUGGAAACUAUCGUUCAACUUCAUCAAUUGCUGCAGCAUAGGAUCCAGAAUUGAAACCAUGGAGCCGAUGUGGGAAACCAUGGAGCUGAUGCCGCAGGUGUCGUGUUAUUGGCCGACGAUGCGGGACGCGGUGGGGUCUACCAUCUCUUUCUCUAGUGGAGGUAGGGUUGAAGAUGACAGUGAAGAUAAUGGUGUAGAUGGAGGCGUUGAAGAAUAUGGAAGCACUUGUUAUAUAAUAUAUUCAAUGCUACAGCGGUUCCUUCAGGAACCCCCUCCUUUUUUUGAGAUUUUCAGUACUGUAAUUCCUGGAAAUAGUAUUCCUGGGUGGUUCAAAAAUCGCAGGCAGGGAGACUCAGCGAGACAGGCGCCACCAGAUUGUUCUUCAUGUAGAAGUUUGAAGGUGAAGAAGUGUGGUGUCCGUACUCUGUACAAGCAAGAAGUGAAAGAACUUGACUUAAGAAUAUACCAAUACAAUACAAACAUUCGUAUGGUGCAGGAACCCCCUCCUUUUUAUGAGAUUUUCAGUACUGUAAUUCCUGGAAAUGACAUUCCUGUGUGGUUCGAAACUAGAAGGAAGCGAGCAGACUCAGUGAGCCAAUUAGAGCGACCUUGUAUCUCAUGUUGUAAUACGUGGAUGGGGUUUGCUUUAUGUGUUCUUUUUGGAGCUGAAGAAAUCCCAAGUGAACUCCUACAUACACAUCGAGCAAACAGUACUAUAUGGUGUAGUUGGAAGGCCAAUCAUUUCUCUCUCGCCAGAUACAGUUGUGCUGUUAAUUCAUCAGAUCACCUUUGUGUAUUCUUUAUUCCUGCGGAUAAAUUUCUGCAUUUACCAAAAUGGGUCCACUUUGAGUUCAAAAGCAGCGAUGCAUACUUGAAGGUGAAAGGGUACGGGGUCCGUUCUUUGUACGAGCAUGACUUGCCCAGGAAUUUGGCCAACGCGAGUUUGAAAGGACAACUGCUCCGGUCAAUAAACAAUUGCAGAUCUUCAUGAGGCAGUCCGUCUGAUGAAAGGUCCCAAGGAUUGGCUGCAGAUGCAGUAGUAGUCCUUCUCAUGAAGAUCCUCAAGUUUGUGCAAACCUAAAUUUUGUGUUUUAAUUUCCACAAAUUUCGCCUAAUACCAUUUGGUCUAGUUGUGUCACCGCUUACUUUCAACUCUUCACGGUGUAGUUGACAUCAGUGAUAGCAGAUCAAGAGUUGAAAGAGAACAGUUGCUGCUGAUGAAACCAGUAGCUUGAGAAAUAAACCAGAGGCGAGUCAACUUCAAAUCCAACACUGUUGGCAUGUCACACUCUACAAGCUGGUCUUUACUUUAUUUUCAUCGGUUACUAAUAUGGAUUACAAGUCACAUAUGGUUAUUCAAAUACGAUCUGAAUCCUAUAAUUUGCCGAAUGGAUUACAAUUUUUAGCA